AUGUUGGACAGCCAACCCCUGCACUGCUGCUGCUUGAAUGAAAGAAAAGCGCAGCCAGCCCGAGGCCGGGUGUGCUGCGCGUUGAAGCCAGUGGAGGGCCCACGCCUUAACAGGCGAAACAGACGGCGCGCACGGCUUUCGAAAAAUUCCAAGCCGUGCGCGGCACUGCCGGCGACAUUGAUGCCGCGGCCGCAAAUCUCCUGGGGAGCUGGGUCGCGGGAGGCGGUUCUUCGCCUUCGGCGGUUUUUCCUUGAAAAUGAUAGAACUCCUCGUGAAUCCGCAAUCCGAAAUCCCUUUUGGGGCCCCCCGAGGGGUCCCCCAAACCCCCCCUCUUUUUGGGCCUUCGCAGACAGCUAGUCCCCCUUGGUAUCUCCACGAAGGGGGGUCCCCCAAACCCCCCCCCUCGAGGGGGGGCCCGGCCCCCCUUUUCGUUUCCGCAAGUUUGCUGCUUUUGGCGAGCUGCGUCCUUGAAAAUGAUAACCCGGAUGCGGCCCCGAAGGAAGGUAGCACAAUGCGGCCGGGAAUAGAAUCAAAGACGACAAAGGCGUGAGCCUACUCUGUUUUUCGUUCGUAGGGCAUUGCGAAAGCUAGGGCGGGCCACGUCUCGUAGCCGUGCUCGUUUGAGACUGCCGCUCCCGAGCGAACCAGCCAGGGCUGCGGUGACUUAUCUUGAGUCCCCUUUCGAUACCCCAGAGCCGCGGCGGGGGGCUGGCGUGCUACUUACCUUGAGGCUAAAGCGUUAAAGACCGAACCCAUGGUAGCGUCUGCAGCCGGGGCGGCCUUCCUUCUGCCUUCGGGCCAGCAAGCUAUCACCUAAGCCGCGCCGAAGCUAUUCUGCUAUUCUACUCUGCGCAUACCCGCUGGCAUGCCUAUAAAGUGCCGUGAAAUCAUAUGUAGCAAAAAAAAAAAGUUUUUUUCAAAAAGUCUUUGCCGUUGCCAUAGAGUGGAAUCCGCCAUGAGGAAGUGGAAGCUCCUGCGUGGACCGGCGUCGUGUACCGCAAGUUCGGCCCUCCUGGUGCUUCCACGAUUAAGUAGAUCUUGCUCGUACAUAUAAGUACUACAACAGAAAUUCGAUCAUCUGCUUCUCCCUGCACGUCGCGAUCCGAGAUUUUUUUUCAAAUUUGCAACACUUACUCGCAAAAAGCAGACUGUAUGAUCAUCUAGGUCGUAGUUUCGAAAGGAACA